AAAAUUUGCAUUGCGAGGACUCGUUGCAGUGUAGAAUUUGCAGUGUAGAAUUUGCAGUGAAGUAGGAAACUUUUUCGCGCAGAAUCUGUUUCGGUGACAUGGGUUUCGUGUAUUGAUGUUCGAUCUUGGAGUUAGUCUACAAGCUGCAGACGAGAACAAUGCCCAGGUUGGAUUCCCCGGGGUUGUUUUCCCUAACCCCAAAAAUUCUUGCCGAUUUUGCAGCCGAAGGCAUCCUGUCAGUUGAAGAUUUUCUUCUGGCGCACAACCCAAAUUUGGACGAAUCUAGAACUGAAGCUCGGAAGCAGGCAGUGGUAGAUAUUUUGGGGUAUAUCGACCGGCAGUCAUGCGGUUUUCGAACGAGUGCAAGAAUGCUUCAGGAAAUAGAGGCUCGUGGAGAACGAUAUCUUCCCACCGGUUGCGAGAGGUGCACCUAGAUAAGCUCCUUGAGGGAGGUCUUCGAGAGGGGACUGUGACUGAACUGGUGGGCGGCUCGUCUUCAGGCAAAACGCAGGUAUGCAUGCAAGUGGCAGCGAGUGUUGCAUAUCGGUGCCGAGCAAUGGUCGGCUUUGUAGAUACAUGUCAUUCUUUCUCAGCAACCCGUCUUUCUCAUAUGUUGGGCGGCCUUGUAGGAGGUCGAGAUGCCGUUCAACGGCGGGUUGGAGCUGCUGAUGAAAUAGGAGACGCUAUGAAAAGCAUCAUGCACUACAGUAUUUUCGAUAUCUUCCCCAUGCUUUCUUUUCUAAAUCAGCUCCACACCACCCUGAGCGUCCAAGUUCAGAGUAUGGAAGAAAAGGUUAUGCGUCUUUUGAUCGUAGACUGUGCAUCAUCUGUUAUCUCACCAAUCCUCGGUGGGAUUCCAGGGCACGCACUCAUGGUGAGUAUGGGGAUUAUUUUGAAGAAGCUUGCACUUGAGAACCAUCUUGCUGUUCUUAUCACAAAUCAUACAGUUGGUGGAGAAGGAGGCCAUCCUAAGCCUGCUCUUGGAGAGACUUGGAAAGCCAUGCCUAGUGUUCGCUUGCUUCUCGCACGAGACUUCAGCAGCAAUCUUUGUCAUGCUACCGUUAUGAAACAUACAUCUAUGGCUUGUAACAGGCAUGCAGCUUUUCAAAUUACCAGAACAGGGUUGAGGCCCGUCUUUUGAACCAGUAGUUGAUGUUUGCAUCGACGUAGGUAUUGACAUGGAGUCAGGUUUUUCUGGAUUCCUCAAGUUCUCAUGAAUAGAGGAGGUGAAAAUCUCAACCAUUUACUAUUUCCCUGUCAAUGGUCGUAUCAAUGAACUGGAGUUGUGGGCGGUUCUCAACUACAAAUGGAUCGUCUCAGAAGGAGCCCCUGAGGAUCAAGUCUAAUGCAAGCGCACUGUCGAUUUUACCUUAUAUUGCAUGGCAGGUGGUCUCGAAUUGAUUGCUUGUCUUGCAUGAAAUUAUUGAAACCACCCUUGAUUCUUUUCAAAUAUUUCUGUAGGAACAUAUUUCAAUCAAAUUCCAUAGCAGAACACUUUAGUAAAUUACAAGAUUGUCCGAAAAGUCAAUGUGCUUAUCAUACGUACGGGAGGGGAUGCACUGGACUGUGCAUGUGCCCUCUGAAUUGUGCUUUCUAAGGUUUCCAUUCUCUUUUUUACGAAGUUGGUCGUUUAUUCCA